UGGAGAUCCUACAAUCUGAAAAGCAGACUGAAAGGUGACAAAGAAGCUGAAGAUGGGAGGUGGAGAGGGGUAUAACAUUCCAGCCCCUCAAUCUAGAAAUGUUAGUAAGAACCAACAACAGCACAACAGACAGAAGACCAAGGAUCAGAACUCCCAGAUGAAGAUCGUCCAUAAGAAAAAAGAAAGAGGACAUGGGUUCACUCCAUUGGCAGCUGCAUGGCAGGCCAUGCAGAAUGGGGGAAAGAACAAGAGCCUUUCUAACAACCCAAAUUGGAAUGCUAGCUUAUCAAGUCUGAGCUUGCUUUUUAAGUCUCAAGUUAACCAGAACUAUGCCGGAGCCAAAUUUAGUGAACCACCAUCACCAAGUGUUCUCCCCAAGCCACCAAGCCACUGGGUUCCUGUUUCAUUGAACCCUUCAGAUAAGGAAAUAAUGACAUUUCAACUUAAAACCCUACUUAAAGUACAGGUUUAAAAUCCUAAGUACUA